AUGAGGACUAUUUUUAAAAAGUACAUUUUACUUUAUUCCUAAGCUUUUUGGUGUUGCGACUAUUGUUACAAAUAGAUUUUAAGGUUGUGACAGGUAUUGUAUGGUUUUUUUUUAAGGUUGUGAUGGUGUUAACACAAUUGUUUUUGGUGUUACACAUACCCUCUAUUUAAACAAGAGUAGGGGUUCAUAGGUGGUCUGCCACUGA